AGUCAUGGCUGCCACGCGACUUAGUGUUAACACAUUUGUUAUCAGGAAACCCCUCACUUACUCAGACACGUGAAUGUGUGUGGCUCGUGCAUCUAAAGGCUUUGUUCUGAGCUACGAUGGAAUGGAUUACCCUAAUUCUUUCUAUAACUUUUGUGAUUAUUUCUUUUCACCUUCUCUUUGGUAAAAAACAUCCCACUGCUCCUCCAUGCAUAAGAGGAUGGAUACCUUGGUUUGGUGCUGCCUUUGAAUUUGGCAAAGCGCCUUUGCAUUUCAUUCAGCAAGCCAGAGCCAAACAUGGACCAGUUUUCACAGUAAUAGCAGCUGGAAAGAGACUGACAUUUGUAACCUUAAAUGAGGACUUCCGAGCUUUUUUCACAUCCAAAGAUGUUAAUUUUGAACAAGGAGUACAAGAGCCUGUUCACAACACAGCUUCUAUCAGCAAAGAAAGUUUCUAUAAGUGCCAUCCGGCCUGUUUAGCCAUAAUAAAGAACAGACUGACUCCAGGCAACAUAGCAGUGCUCUCCAGCCAUCUGUGUGAAGAAUUUAAUGACCAGUUGGAGGUCCUUGGAAACAACGGAUCUGGACAACUAAAUGAGCUAAUCAAGAGUGUUAUGUAUCCAGCAGUGAUGAGCAACUUACUAGGCAGGUGUAACUCCCCCAGCAGUGCCUUUACCAAACAGGAGUUCCUGGAAAAAUUCACAAAAUAUGAUGAUGGAUUCGAGUAUGGAUCCCAGCUCCCAGACAUGUUUUUGAAGGAAUGGGCAAAUUCAAAGCAAUGGCUCAUUUCUUUGCUGAGAAAUAUGAUUAUCAAGUCAGAAGAGACCCUUUACAGUGAGAAUGGUGGAAAGACUUUACUACAGCACCUUGCUGCAUCACUAAAAGACAAAUAUCUGCCCAAUUAUGGUGUACUUAUGCUUUGGGCUUCCCUGGCAAAUGCUAUACCAAUAACAUUUUGGGCCAUUUCUUUUAUUUUGUCCAAUCCUGCAACUUAUAAAAUUGCUAUGGAUCAGAUCAGUGUUGCCCUCAGUAACCAAGACAAGGAGAAGACAAAUGUGACCCUAGAUGACUUACAGCAGAUGCCAUAUGUGAAGUGGUGUAUCAUGGAAGCCAUUCGGCUGAGGGCCCCUGGAGCCAUUACUCGUAAAGUAGUGCGACCCCUCAAAUUACAGAAUUACAUUAUUCCACCAGGAGACAUGUUAAUGUUGUCUCCUUAUUGGGCUCACCGAAACCCCAAGUUUUUCCCAGAUCCUGAGGAUUUCAAACCUGAACGAUGGGAAAAGGCAGAUUUAGAAAAGAAUGUCUUCUUGGAAGGGUUUGUGGCAUUUGGAGGGGGGAAAAAUCAGUGCCCAGGAAGGUGGUACGCCAUAAUGGAAUUGCAUAUGUUUGUGGCCCUGAUUCUCUACAAGUUUGAAUUCACCUUGUUGGAUCCAGUACCUAAACCGAGCCCUCUGCACUUGGUGGGAACCCAGCAGCCAGAAGGACUCUGUACAGUGAGAUACAAGCAUAGAUAAAAGCUCACAUUUAGACAACUGUGCUGCUCCUUUAGAGUUGACAAUAAGUCUUGACUCAAGAGCUGCACAGUUCAAAUCCCGAGGUGAGCUUCAGAAGUUUCAAGCAUCAGUGUGAAUUUCAAACUUUUAGUAACCUGGACACAGGGAAAAACAAUAUUUCUGUAAAAGAAACUGAAAAGUUUUAAAAUGCUAUAUGUUUUUCACAGGAAUAUUGUGGGUUCAAUACAAGUUAAGCCAAAGGCUAUUUAGUAGAGACGGGCCACUUCUAUUAAAAUGAAUGGGAGAAAUUGAAAUGCCCAAGGGUCAACGGAUGUAGAAAGGAAGUCCUGCCUUACAGGUAAAAGAGCCAAUCACCAUUUAGAUACAAACAUCGCCUGUCAAUCAACUCAAAAAUGUGCAUGCGCAUUAGCUUUAAAAGCCGAGAAAAUUUCGUUUUUAAUCUGAGUUAAAGAAGUAUAAUUUAUGAUACCAUUGUUGUUAGAUUUUACUGCUGAUUUUAAAUAUGUUCUUUGAUCGUAACCUUGACCAACCGCUUUGAACAUUUCUGUCUUUCCUCAUUCUUGUUUACAUAGAAAUAUAUCCACCUGGGAGCAUUCCAAAGAUGUACGCCGAGUGAACCGACUUGCUAAAUAGACUUUGGUUAAGAUCAAUUAGCAGCAUUUGUGGCAUAAUGUUUAUUGCUUCAAAAAUGUAUUUCACCUCAUCCCUCCUUUUCUUUAAAAAAGCGAAAGGUUACAGGGAGAAAUUGGUUACAGAAAAUCUAGGUUACAGUUGAGUCACUUACAAUGGAAGUGAAUAAGGGACAAAUUGAAAUGUAUUAGUAAUCAACUGUAUUCCACAAAUGCUGUCGAUUUGAGCAAUUUGUAUUGAACCCAGAAUAUUCCAUUAACAGUACACACUUGAUUAAUUGAUUCCAUUAGUGAAACUAAUAGAUAAUAGGGGGGUAAAUUAAUAGUAGUAUUUGACGACCAUUUUAUUAAGCUACUGAUAUAAUGGUUACAUGAUUUUAAACAGAUUUUUCAAAAGUAUCCUACCAUUAAUUUCUUAUUGUGUAAAACGUUUUAAUUAGUAAAAAAUAUUGAGUGCCCCUUUAAGAUACUUGCUCUUACAUAUAUUGUAGUAUUGUUGAACCUCAUAUAUAACUGAUGGCAUAAUAGGCAUGAUAUAUUUCAGAAAGCACGCUGUUGUAGAAAUUCCCCAGACUGAGAGACUUUAUCAUAUCCAGGAAGUAAGGAAUAAACUAAAAUAAGGUUCAUGUUUUGCAGUGUGUGACUACAGUAAUAUAUUACAGCUAAACAUCUUGUACUUGAAAAGGACAAAGUAAAGACAAAGUUUAUAGACACUAUAACUAAGUGGUGGUUCUCUUUGUGAAGCAGAAAUAUGUAAACACAUUAUUUCACCUAUAAACACUGCUUUAGCCAUACUUUUUUCUCUAUUGUUGAAAAGAAAUGUUUCUAUAAACACAUCUGCCUUGUA